AAGUUCAAACUUCCAAGCCCACGUGUCUGUAAUGUGAAUGCGUUUUCCAAGAACGGAAAUUGUCGUGACGUAGAAAAACUCGGACAGGUCACAGGUGACGUCACUUAGUCGUCUUCCCUAAGAAGACCAUAGCAAACCAAAGGUCUACUCCGCGAGUUGCAGAAGUCAAUCACUGCAGUAAUGUCUUUCGCUUUUUUCUUCACAUAUAAUUUAAUUGCGUAUACGGUUGCGAAGUUUUCGGUUCAACGCGAUCCUUGAAUCAUUGCACGCGGUUGACCUCGCCGGCGAAUCAUGUCAACGCUAGUAGUUGCAGUGGAGGAAUCACUCCAGGGCUUGCUGUCGGAGAUCGCGGAAGCCGGCGACGACGAGCACCAGUACGCGUGGGAGAACGCGCGGCGGUUCUCGGGGUACGUGAAGCGGCUGCAGCUGGUGCUAGGGCAGCUGCUGCGGACGUUGAGGCCGGAGGCGGAUGUUUCGGCGGCCGUUCAGACGUCGUUGAAGGGAAUCGCCGGUGAUCUGAGGCAGGGCGCGGAGGCGCUGGCGGUUUACAGGCGUAAGAGUAAGAUUUUCGUGCUGAUUAACUGCCAAUCGCUGCGCGCGUCGCUUCAAGAGCGCACGUUAGCCAUCGGCGGGUGGUUGGCGUUGCUCGAUUCCGCUCUCGCCGCCAUUCCCGAUCUUCAGAAGAAGAUUGCCGAUCUUUCUAGAGAAAUGAAGCAAGCUCAAUUCAAAGUGACAGAGAAUGAGGAGAGAGUGUGCAGAACCCUGCAGAAAGAGGGGCAGAGAAAGCAAACCUGCAAGGCUGUGCAGAGUGCAAUAGUGAUGGAUUUAGCCAGAGCCUUAGGAAUUGAUCUGAGUAACUAUUCAGAGUUAAUAGAGGAAGUUAAGCAACUGAAAAACGAUUUAGGGAGCUCGAAUUCAAUCUCAGAAAGGAGGAUUUUGAUGUCCCUGGAGAAAAUUGUGGAUAACUGGUCACUUCACCUUGACAUCCUCACUCUCAACUUGGAUCUUGACUUUGAAGAUGAAGCUCACAUUUCGCCCUUCAAGAACUUCUUAUGCCCCUUGACUAAGGAGGUCAUGAGGGAUCCAGUGGUGUUGGAGUCUGCCCAAACGUAUGAGCGAACUGCCAUUCAGUAUUGGUUCGAGAGGUGUUUGGAAGAUGGCCGUGAUCCUACUUGCCCCGUUACUGGACUAGUCCUCAAGUCCUUGGAGCUCAAACCGAACAUAGGAUUGGCUGGAGCAAUCGAGGAAUGGGUUAAUAGGAAUGUUGAUAUCCAGAUUAAGUCUGCGGUGCAGUGUUUGAGCGAGGAUCCUCCUGCUGUGAAUUUGGUUGAGCGGGCUUUGGACAGCAUGUAUAAGAUCUCUGAAGAACAUCCAUCCAGUAGAUGUAGAAUCCGGGAUGCUGGAAUUGUCCCCCUCGUUGUUAAGCUGCUUAAGAAUUCCUCGAAGAGUAUAGGAUCUUUGCUGAGGAGUAAAGCUUUCAUGGUCUUGCUUAGCAUGUGCAAGGACGACGAAUGCAAGAAGAUAAUGCUCGAAGAGGGGACUAGUAGGUUGGCUAUACACGGCCUGAUUGGGAAUUCAGACAAAGAGAAGGAAUACGCGACAAGAUUGUUACUUGAAUUCUGCAACGAUGAAGCUUACUGUAGGCGAGCUGCUUCAGAAAAAGGGGCAUUGGUUCUUCUGUCGGGAAUGGCAGAUGAUCUCGAGAAUCCUUCAUUAUCUCACUUAGCUGAGAAUGUGCUAAAUAGGAUGGAAAAUGUGGAGGAUAAUAUAAAGCAUUUGGCUGCAGCAGGACGAUUUGAUCCUUUAAUAAAACGCUUGUGUGAAGGCCCUGAUGAUGUGAAAAUUGAGAUGGCGUCUAUUGUUGGCGAAAUGACCUUGGCAAAUAGGAGUAAAGAACAGAUUGCUCGUCAGGGAGCUAAAACGCUUGUUGAAUUGUUAGCAAAGCCAGAAGGAAGAAUAGCAAGUUUGAAAGCUCUGUACAAUCUGUCAAGCUUGGAUGACAACGCCACCCUCCUCGUUGAUUCCGGGGUGCUUCCAUCUCUUACAGAAAUUCUUUUCGAAAACCAGGUUGUAUUGCCCGAGUUGAAGGAGUUGGCUGCUUCAAUCUUGGCAAACUUAGUGUCAACUCCCGGACACUGGGAAUUAGCAUCUGCUGAUAGAGCGAGCAAUACAAUGCAGUCUGAAUCAAUGGUUUUUGAACUCACGAGUCUCCUUUCACUUCCACUUUCAACUCCUCGUUGCCAAGCAUCUCUUCUCCAGAUUCUGUGUGGCAUAGUGUCCUCUCCCCAGGCCUCAGAAUCCACUACAGCUCAUAUAAAAGCUGGAGAUGGUAUCAAAGUGAUAAUAAAAUUUCUUGAACACCACGACGUAGAAUGCAGAAUAUAUGCUUUCAGGCUAGCUAGGGUCCUUUCUGAGAGGCUAAGCGUAGAUUUUACCAAUGAAUUUAGACCUUCUAACAAGCUUCCAAUGCUUAGAGAGAAAAUAAUUGACAAUCAAUCCACGGAUGGCGAAAGAUCAGAUGCAGCCUGCAUUCUUGCAAAUCUCGUCCUCUCUGAGAAUGAAGUGAGAACAAUUUUAGAAGAUUCUUUCGUGGGAUGGACUGUCGCGAAACUUAAAGAUCAGCAGCAAAGGUUGCAGUCAAGUAUGGAAGAAGGGCUGCUUGGGCUAUUGUUACAUUACACUAGAAGUGCAGGUCCGCAAUCUAUCAGUGUCAUCAAAGAAAAUCGCCUCAUGACAAUUUUCCGGGACCAGCUCAUUGUUAAUCCCAGGCCGAGAUUGAAACAGCUAGCGUCCAUUGGUUUGAAGAACCUGUCGGAGAUUGGACAAGAACUUGCUGGGAAAGGGGACUUGGAACCCCGGCAUCCAAAAGGGCUGUGCUCUCCAUUGGCACUCAUUUGUGGGGGUUCCAAGUCGCCUUCUUCGUGUCCCAUCCACAAUGCCCCUUGUGGAGAUGAUAGUCAAUUUUGCUUGUUAAGGGGCAACUGUGUCAAACCACUUGUGGACUCCAUCACUGAUAAGGACACCAGUGUCCAAAUUGCAGCACUGGAAGCUCUUUCCACUCUGUUGUUGGAUACCUCUAGUGGCUCUAAGCGGGCUAUUGAGGAGCUCGAGCGCUUGGGUGUGGUGAGCUCUGUGGUUUCGCUCUUCACAGAAGCUCGACCAGGGGAGCUUCAAGAGAGGACUAUUUGGAUGGUCGAAAGGAUCCUGAGAGUCGAAAGCUUUACUCAACAGCAUUCACUAAACCAGUCUCUGGUUAAAGCAUUGGUGGAUGCAUUUAAGCAUGGAAACGCCAUCACAAAGAGGCACGCGCAAGACGCUCUUACUAACCUGAAGCAAAUAUCCGGGGUCAGUGGAAAGGCAUCGAGCCAAAACCGGGGAAGGAGGUAGCAAUUAGCGCCUCGAGACUUGACAGAGAACUUGUAAUCAGUUCACCAAGUAACUCUCUUAUCCUUCUCUAAAUGUUUCACUUAUUCAUUGAUUGUUCAAAGUAUAUUCCCAAAUCCCAAAUCAUAAAACUUCAGGUUUCUGUAAAUAUCUGACAAAACUAUUUCAACUAUGACAGUUAUACUUAGUACAGGAUGCAUUUUAAUGACUAAUUCAGUAGAUUAUUGUGCUGGUGAAA